AUGUGGCUUUGGCUUCUUCCGGCCUGCGUUGUGGCCUACCAUGCGUAUGAUCACAGUUGUGGCUGGACAAACAAACAGGUGCUGUGGCAACGCCUCCGCCGCCGAGCUGAUGCAGUGCUGGCGGGCGAGAUUCCAUGGACCCGAGAGAGCUGGGUGGAGCAGAUUUCGGAGGAGUUGGUGAAUUGCCCGUUUGGCGUUCACGUGUUGCAACUCCUAAAUCUGAAUGCAGCAGGGACCACAGCUGCGAAGCUGUUGGACUUCAGUGGUUCCAAAACCAUGGGUUUCGGGUUGUACAACUUGGUGGGUUUGCUGGACAUCGCUCUCACCGGUUGGCCCAGCUUUGGUUUCCUCCACAAAAUCUGUCGAAGUCGACUUCAUGACCACUGUGCAGGCCGUUUGGCAACAAAGCCGGCGGCGGCUGCUGUGGUGGUGGCAGCACAGGCGGCCAGGAGGAACUUGGAAAAGAACAUGAGCAGCAGAACCAUCGAUGGUUUGGUGAAUGACUUGGACCUUCUGAAUGAGCUCAGGAUGGCCUUGGAAGGGGUCAGGAAGAUGUGGUUUUUGCGGUGGGAGGGGAAUGACAUGAGUGAUGAAUCCUUGGUGUCACGUUGGUUGGGCCUAGAUUCACAACAGCCCUGCUGCCAGAUGUGGGCGGAAUUGGCCUCCCUGCAGGGUUCCUUGCGACGACGUUUCGAGAUGCCCUGCGCGUCGGGACACCGCCGCUGGGACGGGGCUGUUUGCCCUGCCUGCCGGUUGCCGGCUCAAGCCUUCUGGUUGGAUGAACGGGAAGUGGCCGAGGCGGCUGUAGCUGAACUCGCUGAACUCUCCAAAGUGAGACAUUUGACACAUCCAGCGCAAAGAUUUCAGCCGCACAUGUCAGACAAUUCUCAAGAUUUUCCUGGAUCCUUCGCAAUUGCAACGGUGCUCACUUCUGAGGAUCUUUUCCGGAGCAUUCGUCAUGAUGGGCAAGGCAGCGGACAUUCUGGUGAUGAAGACGUGGCGGAUGCAAAUGCCAUUGUUUUGGCAUACGUGGAUGCCUUGCGAACCCUGGCAUUUUCCAUCCAAAAAACAUCCUCUCAGAAGCCACUACUGGUGUUGCUGUCCCUCCGCACUGGGGAGUCUUUGCCAAAGGAAGCUCAAGACUCUCUGGAAGCUUUGGAAGAACAAGGUCUCACCAAAUUGCUUCACCUGCCGGUUCCACCACAACAUCUCUGGCCGCGCGCUUGGGGGAAGUUGCAACUUUGGAAGCCGCGUGGCUAUGAUUUGAUCCUCUACAUGGACGCCGACACCUUGGUGUUGGACAACUUGGAGGGUCUCUUCCACGCAGCCACUGCGAUUCCAAACUUCGCAGUGGCUGCUGCCCUGACGCGAUCCAUGAUGGGCUUGAACGGUGGAGUGAUGCUCCUGAGACCGUCUCUGCAGAUUUUCACUGCGCUUCAGCAGUCCCUGGAAGAACUUCCCAGUUGGCAAGGCAUCUCACGAUGGACAGGUCGACCCUGGUGGAAUGCGCCGCCGGUACCGGUACAGACGCUGGAUGCCUCGAAUGAGACGGUCCCGACGGUCUCUGACUUUGGAUCCUAUGGUGAUCAAGAUCAUCUCAACGAGUGGCUGGCCACGAGCUUUGAUUUCCAUGGGGAACUGAUGUUGGAUGGAUCCGAUUGUCGGAAACAACCAUGGCAUGUUUCUUAUGAUGCUGUUCGGGAUGGCCCCAAAGUAGCGUCUCUGGGUGGAUUCUGCACCUUGCCAGUGGGCUUCAAUUUUUGUGCCACCGCUGGAUGUUUACGACAGCUGGCAUCGGGUGAACACGCUUUGGCCCGCGAGGCUUUGGCAUCUACUGCGGUCACGGCUGGAGUUCGGGUGCUCCACUGGCCGGGUGCCCUGCGGAAGCCAUGGCAACGGUGUUACCCUGCCACGCGCUCGCGCUUGGACGUGCUGUGGUGGCAAGUCUUCAACGAGGCCUGUGCAAAGGCACCAGCCAAGGCACCCUGCAGGGUGCGAUGUUUCGAUUGAAGGCACCAGAAAAUCAUAGAAAA